AUGCGCCAACAUGCUGAGAACGGAGUGGGAAACCAGACUACUACUGAAUGUGAUGGCACCGACAAUGCCAAUAACAUCAACGCCGCAGUUAAGAAUAUUCUGGUAACGGGUGGGGCGGGCUUUAUCGGCGGGUGGUUUAUUCGUCACAUGCUCAAGACUUAUGGGAAUGACUAUGAGAUCAUCUGCCUUGAUAGUCUGGAAUAUUGCGCUUCUUUCAAAAAUUUCUCCCAGGUUGAGCACCUUCCAAACUUCCAUUUCAUCAAAGGGGAUAUUUCGGACCAACAGCAUGUUGAGAGAAUUCUGAAAGAUUACCAUGUCGAUGCGAUCAUCCAUCUUGCUGCAGAGUCUCAUGUCGAUCACUCCUUCAAGGACCCGCUCGCUUUCACGGCGAUUAACAUCCUCGGCACGCAUUGCCUGCUUGAGACAUGCCGAAAAUACGAUUCAAUUAAAAGAUUUGUAUAUGUCUCCACCGAUGAGGUCUACGGUCCGAAUGAAACCGAAUUAUUUCCUUUCACGGAGGAACACCCUCUGAAACCUACCAAUCCAUAUGCUGCAACCAAAGCAGCAGCGGAAAUGAUUAUCCAUAGUUAUCGCAAGUCUUUUCAAAUGCCAACUAUUGUCACAAGGUGCAACAACGUCUUUGGUCCUUAUCAAUACCCUGAAAAGCUGAUUUCGAAGUUCAUCAUCCUCCAACAAAAAGGCGGCAAGAUUCCAAUCCAGGGCGAUGGCCGAAAUAUCCGCGCAUUUAUUUUUGCGGCUGAUGUGGCGGAGGCACUGGAUACGAUCUUCCACAAGGGGGCCGACGGUGAGACAUACAAUAUCUCAUCCGACACCCAUUUGCAAGUCCUCCAGGUGGCCGAAAAGAUCUUCCAGCACAUUGCUGGUCAGAAUACUUCAGAUUCACUGACUUCCUGGGUCGAAAAUAUUGAAGAUCGCCCAUAUAAUGACAAACCAAUUUCGAUGAAGGUCUAG